AUGCCCUGUCCACUGCUGCUGCACCUUGCUCAGCCUUGGUGUGUAACCUGCACCCUGCGUGCAACCCAAUGUUCCGCCAUCAGGUGGGUAGAUGGUGUACCGACUAGAAGCACACCUGAGCACGCCCACUACCUACCGUACCUCGAGAACAAGACCAAUGUAUUCACCCGAGUCAGCCCAGUGAAGCUACUGUGGUCGGUAGAGGACCUUUCCGGCCAACCCUCACCGCAUGACCCCACGACCCGUGGUGGCUUCAUCUGCCUUCUGUCUUGGCCUGCGCCUGCCGAAGCCCAGUCCUGGAGUCCCUCCCUAGGCACCAACCCACCCGGAUCAUCAGCAUUCAUCAGCAUUCAUCAACAUUCAUCAACAUUCAUCAUCCUAUCCACCCCAUCCAUCCCGUUCCAUCACCCACCCCUCGUCAAUCUCGUCGUUGUUGCAUCGCACCCACCCAUGGCCAGCCACAGCUCGCAAGAACUACCCGACGUGCCGGGCCUAGCAGGCUACUCGCGCUUCGAACUCGAACUAGAGUUCGUCCAAUGUUUGGCCAAUCCCGUCUACCUCAAUUAUUUGGCCCAGCAGAAAACACUCGACAAGCCCGAGUUUGUCGCCUAUCUUGGCUACCUGCAGUACUUCAAGGAGCCCAGAUAUGCAAAGUUUCUACACAUGUGUUUGCAGCCACCCUGGUCCAACUCUCAGGGCGCUCGAGCUACUGCAGCAGCCGCGCUUCCGCAAGGAGAUUCUCUCGCCCCUACUUGUAGACAGACUCACCAUCGAGGGCCAGAGGAAUGCAUUGCCCACCCAGAGAGAUUGACUGCCAUCUCCAUGAACGAGCGUGCUGUUGUCUGCUUCAGAGGCGGGCCUGUUCAAUCGGCCCUCACGUUUUUGGGUGGCAUUCUCACUCUAUACAAUAGGGCUGCAGAGACUAUUCUACGUACUUACCUACUGUUACUUACUGGUCCUUCAUGGGCAGACAAUGGUCCCAAUGGGAAUGACGUUGUGUGUUCUAAAUUUACAAGGACAGAAAUACCUAGGAAUAGCCGGCCAUAUUAUAUACUAUGUAUACACAGUACGAGCUCAACAUGUUUUCCCUCCCCACGGCAGAAUUGCUUCUCACACGUGAUUCGGUACAACGAAGCCCCGCCGCCCAAUCGGGACCCCCACGUCACUACGCGCCAUGGCGACAUAGCAUCCUGA